AGGCUUUAAUUAUUACUAACACAAAUAUAUGACAACACAGGCAUUUAAACCAAGAGUUUCCAAAAUAGUAUCUUAAUUGAGGUCCCAAUGUCAUGGCGUGUCUGAACCGGUCAUAAGUACAAGCGGCGAAGUGGCUUUCGGUCCACGGACGUAUUUCAAUCCGUGCAUGGUAAUUUGGGAUAGAGUUUCGUGAAGAAGAGGCACUGAUAACAAAUCUCUCGCUGGAUUGAGGAUGUCGAGUGUUGUAAAAAGAAUCCUCACGAACUUCGAGAGAUGGUAAGGAGAGUAAAAAAGAAAAGGAAAAAAACAAAAAAAGGAUUUGUAUUCUAUUUCUCCCAGACUUCGUGAUUCCUUGCGUCAGGCGGUGGCUGAAUCUCACGAUCUUGGAGGUACGCGAGACUUCCACCUGGAGAGCAAGUUUAAUGUUGCCUCAACUGCCGUCGGGUGAGGUCGCUUCAAUCCGACUCGCGCCAUGUGCGAGUCUAUCGUGUAGUGUGUAUAUCUCGAUCGCAUCUACGUCAUUAAUGGCUAACUGAUUGCUUAAGGAUGGAGAAGUGUCUACGAAGAUUAAAAGGGACACGGUCUUCCACAUCAUCUUGAUAAGGAUGAUAAAAUGACACUCCCGACCCCCUAAAUUGAGAAGCUAAUCGUUCACAAUAGAAUUCAAACCCAGAAACCGUCCUUCUGCCUCUCACGUUCUUGCAUCACCACGGUUUGGAAUGCCAAGGAACGAGUGCCACUUGAGCGCCCCGCAUACCAGUGCCACGCCGGAGUGACGCACUGACCAACGCGGUGCCGGACCCUUGGCACUCGAGACUUCCACCAGAUUUCAACGAGACUAAAAGGACGUUCGAGUGACUUCUGUGAGGAUGUCAGUGGGGAUGUCAGGAGCUAAGUCCAGUGCAGAGAAGGCCAGGCAGUCACGUGUCUAAGGGGCAGUGCCAGUCGAGUAGCACCUUCAAGAGGUUAGUGUCGAGGAGGAGAAGAAGGUGAAAGCUGGAAAUGACACUUUAACCCCCAUCGCAUAAAAAAAAUAUUUAGAAUCGGCUUACAAAACUGACGACAUCAAAACCGAAUUGAAUACAACAACAAAGAAAAAACAAAAAGAAAAUCACCCAAUCCGAACUUGAACCUCCCCCCCCCCCCAUAAAAAGACCAAAUAAAAAUAAAAACUAUAACACAGACAAAACCCAAACAAAUAAAGAACAUAAGAGUGACCCAAGAAACGGCAUAAGAGUGACCCAAGAAACGGCAUAAGAGUGACCCAAGAAACGGCAUAAGAGUGACCCAAGAAAGGGCAUAAGAGUGACCCAAGCAAGGGCAUAAGAGUGCCCAGGAAAGGUGCCCAAAAACGCAACGAAAAUGGUCGACGGCCGAGGACCCGAGUCUCAGAGGCUAGACUGCGAAGUGGGCGGCGUACAUCAUGUGGUGUACAAGUGCACGCCGAAUGUACACCACAUCAUACGCACACAAGUUGGAGAACGUGGCAGGGUUCGGGACGGUCGCGUGUUUCCCUACGUGGCUCACUACCUAUCUACAGGUGACAUGCUAUAUCCUGCUCACGAAGGAGAGGUGAUGGUCAGCCGUCUCCUUGAGGAACUGACCCGACUUGACCUGGUAAAUGACCUCCUUCACGCCAGGGGCCCCGGGAUGCCCUCUCUGACCUCCUGUGUUCCGAGGUCAUUUCAGUCAUCGAGCAACGGCAGCCGGAGGUUCACCCUCGGCGGCGGCGACGGCGACACCCUCAAAGUGCACACCCGCCGGCGACGCAGACUCUCCUUCGCGGGACUCCUCACCCACAUCUUCCCCGCCCACAACGGCUCCACCUCCUCCGUCUACCGCCCGCCUUCCAACAAGGGCACGACGCUGGUGGUGGUGACAUGCUCCCUGCACCGGGCCACGGAGGUCACGGUGCACGGCCCAGCGGAUUCCCUCAGAAGUCUGUUCCCGGGGACGCCCGUGCUCACUAGCGACGCCACGUACCCGCUGCUCGACUCCCGCGCCUCCCCGAGGGACGUCGGCGCCUCGGACCUGCUGGCGGCGCUCAGGGAAAAGGGAUACGCGUCCACCGUCAGGUCGUCCUGGGUGGUGCCUCACACAGGGGCGCUCAUGACCCAGUGGCUGGUGUACCGCCGGCGAGGAGGCUGGAGCGGAGGAGUCGGAAGCAGCAGGACACUGCCUUCCUCGAAGCGGUCCCUCCACCACGCCGCCUCCACCACCAACGUCCUGAGCGCCAGCACGGAGGGCGGAGGCCUGGCCGAAGGCGGCGGGGCAGGGGGGACGCUCAGGCACCGGCUGAGGAACCGCAGCAAGUCCAUCAUGAGUCUGGCCACGGAGCAUCGGCCGACGCUCACGCUCAAGCGCAUCCUUAGCGUGCUUCUCUAAGAGUCGAUGGCCACGCUCCUUCGCUCUCCAAGUCUUGGGACCCUUUUCUCGCCAUCACGAAUUCCACUUUCGCAUAAACAUUCAACUAUAUUUUUCACAAUUUUUUCACACCUAUCUACAUCACGUAUCUACGACUUGUCUCCAACAUCGCCCCUUUUUUCCAACUGCCAGAGCCUCAAGACCCAAGAAUACCCACACUGCCUCUCUUCCCCCAACCCACAGCAUCUGCGAGCGGGACAACAUGUGGGACAUCCUCCGCCCUCUCCUUGCACCAGGGACAUCCUCAUCUCCCCGCCCCCCCCCAUCCGCUCUGUGGCUUGUGAUGGGGGAGGAUGUCAGUCUCUGUGACGUCAGUACGAAAGCUCUUCAGGUGUAUAAGAGUUUUUUUUCAGUACGGUUUUUUCACUUAAAAAAAAAUAAUUGUUUUGUGGUCCUCGAAUGCAAAAUAAGUGAAGGAAGAGAGCAAGAGCGAGGAAUAAAUGGGGGAAGUGGAGAGAAAACCAUGACAAGUAUUUCUGCGACUCCAGCCACGUUACCAAAUAAACCCUAUUUACCAACGCGACGCUCACGUGUUACGGGCGCGCGCAACCAGCACAGGUCAAUGAUUCAAUUCUAUGUAUUUGUUUUACAGUUUGAUCUUCUUGAUCUGUCUCCAUUUCAUAAGUAUUACUUGUAUUAUUUUCUUUUAAAUUGAAGUUUCAUUGGCAGGUAUCAUAUAAACUUAAGGCAGAUGAGUCAUCCUUGGUAAAUUGCACAUUUUAAUUUGCCAUGGGAACGCACGACAAAUCAUUGCCGAAGUCAUUGUGAUAUUUAUAUAUGAAUAUAUAUAUAUAUAUUUGGUGUUUUUAUAAAGCUGCCAAAAAUGAUCAUAGGUUUACUAUUUGUAUAUAGAACGGAACUGUGCGAUGCCAGUGACAUUAUACAACUGCAGUGUAGAUUAAAUAUUGUAAGAAUACCGUAGAGGGUAUAUAUAUAUGUUUCCUCGAUGUUUCCCUCAGGUCGUGUUCCUGUGUGUGAAGAACGGUGCCCUCGUCUGACAUAAAUAUACAUAUCUUUAUUAAAUAAACACAAUACCCGA